AUGGAAUUGUUAAAUUACGCUGCCACAGUAAUCCAAAAAACCUUCAGAGGAUUCCUAGCCAGACAAGCAGUGAAAUAAAUACGAAGGAUAAACUACUUCUCCUCUUUUGAUCAUCAAAAUGAAUAUGGGUUUUGCAUCCAACCCUAGAAAUCGAAGAAAUCCACUCGCAAUACUCAAUCACUCAUCUAACCAACCAAAAGAAUGAUCAGAAGUGCAGUCUACAUUCAGAAAUGCUAUCGAGGGUACUUAAGUAGAAAAUAUGUUUGCAAUUUUUACAGAUUGAAAUAGAUCGUAUUAUUUUUAGAAGGACACAUCCAUAAUUUCCUGAGGAAAAGAAUUUAAUAAAGGAAAAUCCACAUCAAACAAUUGAUGGCAUAAUGUUACAACUUUCAAACUCAAUGCAAAUCUAUUGCAAAAGGUCGAUACAACUACAGUAAGUACAUGAAUCAAAAGCAAUUCGAUGAAGUAAAUGGUAUAAUAUUUACAUCUUUCUUGCAUCUCAUGAUACCUAACUUUGAAAAGAUGAAUUCUGAAUAGAAAUCUCAUUAUGUAGAUUAAAUCUUAGGAGUUGUUCAAUCGAAUCCCCCAAGGAAAACCAUGCCAACCUAGAUCAGUUCUAAGACUCCCUUGAAAAAUGUCAGUGUUUUGUCUUCUGAAGUAAUGACAAGUAAUGGUAGUUGCACUUCAAGCCAUAAAUCCAAAUCGAAUUUGACAAAUGAAGAAUUCAAGUCAAUAUUAUAAAGAUAGAAUAAAAAACCAAAAUGA